AUGCUACCGCAUACCUAUGAACAUUCACGUCUCCCCCCUUCAUCCGGCCUCCCUAAGGUGCACAAAGACGGCGCUCCUCUCCUACCCAUCGUGUCGCUCAAAGGGACUCCAACGUACGGACUGGCUAAGUGGCUGUUCCGGCGUCUCAAGUUCCUGACCGCUGAGUCAGACACCACGGUCCCUUCGUCAACACAAUUACUGGAGAAACUCAAAGGGGUAAGCAUCCAUCCAAAUGAGGUCAUGGUAUAUUUGUACGUAACAUCCAUUUUACUUCUAUUCCCCAGGACCUGGCGAUCGAGACAUUUGAGCUGCUACUACAAAGCAAAUACGAUGAAACGGAGAACCGUCUUGGACACUCCCAAGUCCUACAGCUCCUUCAGCUCUGUCUCAGGACGUACUUCACGUUCGACCGGACAAUGUACAAACAGAUGAAAGGCACAACAAUGGGUUCGCCGAUUUCGGGAUUAAUCGCCGAGGCGGUCCUGCAACGGUUAGAGUCGCUGGCCUUCCAACACCACAGACCGAAAUUCUGGCCCGGUAUGUGA